AUGGCCUCUCAAGCAGAUUCAAGUGAGAACUCAAGUGGGAGUAUCACGACAAGCACCUCCUCAUUAUCUCAUAUGGAACCAGGGGGUAUAUACCUGCAGAGGUUGCCCUCAGGGAAACCCGCGUUUAUCCGUCGAUCAAAAAGAAUCAAGACUCCUGGUGCGCUGUUAGCAGAUGCUCUACUUAACCCACAUUCUCCUCCACUGAAUUACCUCCCAUAUCUCGUACCGGACCACAAUAGAUUUGGGGCUGCGAGAUCCCCAGACCCUCAGCAGGUGCCAGUCAUCCCGUACGAGCAGCUCCAACAACAGCCGUAUCCGCAACACUUUCCGCAAAAGCUUCCACAACCGCUUCCUGUCACACAGACUCCUUUCCCGAAUGAGAUGGCCCAAGUGGCACCCUUUCUUCCUUACGCUUAUCAGGCUGUGGAGGGGCUUACGAAAUCCGACACAAAUGAAACAGUGUAUUUAAUUCUUCCGGCAUAUCCAUAUUUGCCUUACACAAAUCUUCCGAAUCCAACAACUCCAGCUCAGCCUACCCGCUCCACAAGCGUUUGCAGGAGGUGCAGGAAGUGCGAUAGCUUUUAUGCGACCAGCGAAGACAGCAGUUGUGAUAGCAGUAGCAAAAGUGAUAUCCCGAUAAGAAAAAAGAAGAGUCCCAAACACAAAAACACCCGCAAGGGGAGAAGAAGUCUUGCUACAAAGAAGAGUACGAAAGGUAAAUGCUAUACUAGCGAUAACGAGAGUGACAGAGCUCCCUUAUACACAGUUCAGCCUGCAGGAUCUGGAGUUUAUGAUCCGAACCGGUGUACCGUGAAUCUUUCAAAUCAUCAAACCAGUGGAGUUGUGCGUAGGCAUCAACCACCUGCUACCCAGGGGAACAUGUAUGUAGCUGGGAAUGCCAACAUACCAGGUUACACUAUACUGCAUCCUCCUCAAAGUUGCCAGCAUCAGAGGUCUUCCGAUGCUCAGAUACCGCAGACCGUAUAUGCUAAUAUGAAUGGCCAGUUUACAUCUGUCCAGCCUUAUCCGACAGGUGGUCCUAUAUAUCAUUCUUGUGGCAACAUAUCCCAGCCCGAUCAGUAUGUCCACUCCCAUUGUUUUGGUAAUUGUACGGCGAUACCCAUCCUCCAGGGUACCAAUGCCACUACUCGGGAAAGCUCUCCACGAACUUAUUGCUAUGACAAUCGAAGGGCUUACGAAUCCAGCGUCGGUGUCGGGGUAGAGCCACAAGGCCAUAGUAAGGGUUCUAAUGCAAAUGACGAAUGUCAGAGACGGGCUGAUGCUCCUCCCACCCAGCCGGGCUGUUCUCAGCAUCCUCCCUGCAAUACUCAAUAUGUGCACGAAAAUCGGACGUACUCAACGGGGGAGCGUGAGCGGAUCCCUGGGAGGGAAUCUAAAUAUGCUUCAUAUUUUUAUGCCCGCGAUUCUCAAUGUGAUAAUCCAAACGGCAGUCCGGAAUGUUUCACGCGUCAUGAACGCAGUUCGUCCCGAAGACGCAGUUAUUCAAGGCAUAGACCGGUCCGGGACUUCAAUUCUCAACAUGAUGAGUACGAGGUCCCGCAAAUGGUGGAAAUUAGGGGUAGAAGAUCAAGUCGGCGAUACGACGAUUUGGACGGACCGCCACGGGCAAAGCAUACACGAUUUGUGGAUUAA